CAAGAGAGAGGAACUGGGGCAAGCAAGCAUUGUGGCUUUGUCUGUUUCCUGUUUCAGCAAGGCUGCUGUGCAGAAAGAAAGACAGUACCAAGAAGGAAAAUGCUAAGGGGGCCCAGAGCCAUGAACUGACAGCUUACACUUGACUCAGCUACUGCCUCCUUGCCCCAUCUGAGACCAGAGCCAAGAUCUGCCCAGCAGGUGGAAUGUUUUCCUGAGCUGCUUGGUUUGGAGCCUGGGACCCAAGACCCAGGCAGCUAUUCCAGGAACUGGAAGCCAAGCACAACAGGUGCUCAGGAGGUCAUCAUGAUCAGCCUGGACCCCAGGCCUUCCCCUGGCUUGGCCCGGUGGGCUGAGAGCUAUGAGGCCAAGUGUGAGCGCCGGCAAGAGACCCGUGAAAGCCGCCGUUGCCGCCCCAAUGUGACCACUUGCCGCCAGGUGGGGAAGGCACUGAGGACCCAGCAGAGAGAGCAGCUCCGGAGAGCACGACAACAGGAGUUCUUCAGGAGGAGGAAUCUGCAGGUGGAGGAGAAAGGCAAGGCACAGAGCCCCAGGGCCAAGGAGCGCGGUCCCUCGAGGCAGCCAGGCCAGCCAACUGACCUCAAGGAGCCCUUGUCUUUGGCCAACAGGAUCUCCUCCUCCCCCCAGCAGCAGGUGCCAGAGACCAGCUCUGAGGCCUUACCAACCAAGUGUCCUCACCCUCCUUCAUGCACCUGGAGGGAUCUCUCCCAGGCUGGGGGCCUUUCGCCACAGAACUCUUCCAUCAAGAAGACACCCAUAUACCACCGUGGCACGCAGACAAAGGCAGAAGAAGCCCAGCCAACAAUUAAGAAUGAUGCCAGUCAGCAAACCAAUUAUGGAGUUGCAGUUCUAGAUAAGGAAAUCAUCCAACUUUCUGAGUACCUCAAAGAGGCCCUCCAAAGGGAACUGGUUCUAAAACAGAAAAUGGUAAUUCUCCAAGACCUACUGUCCACUCUGAUAAGGGCUUCUGACAGCUCUUGGAAGGGCCAGCUUAAUGAAGACAAACUGAAGUGCAAAUUGAGAUCUUUAGAAAACCAGCUGUACACCUGUACCCAGAAAUACUCCCCUUGGGGAAUGAAAAAGGUGUUGUUGGAGAUGGAAGACCAGAAAAACAGCUACGAGCAGAAAGCCAAGGAGUCACUGCAGAAAGUGCUGGAGGAGAAAAUGAGCGCAGAGCAGCAACUGCAGAGCGCACAGAGGUCCCUGGCUCUGGCCGAGCAGAAGUGUGAGGAGUGGAGGAGCCAGUACGAAGCCCUGAAGGAGGAUUGGAAGAGCCUGGGGGCCCAGCACACCGAGCUGGAGAGCCAACUCCAUGUGCUUCAGUCCAAACUGCAGGGAGCAGACAGUAGAGACUUACAGAUGAACCAGGCUCUGCGACUUCUGGAGAAUGAGCACCAGGAACUGCAGGCCAAGAUUGAACACCUGCAGGGGGACAGAGACCUGCACAGCUCGGACACCCAGCAUCUACAAGAUCAACUGAAGAGGUCAGAGGAAGAGAAACUCACCCUGGUGGCCCAAGUACAGCAGCUGCAGAGUCUGCUUCAGAGUCAAUCUUUACAGCUUCAAGAACAGGAGAAACUCUUAACAAAGAAAGAUCAGGCUUUGCCUGUGUGGAAUCCAAAGCCCUCCCAUAAGGAAGUGGAACCUGAGGGUACAGGGAAGGAGAAAGAAUGGGAUUUCAGAGACCAGCUGCAAAAGAAGACUUUGCAGCUCCAGGCCAAGGAAAAGGAGUGCAAAGAACUGCAUUUGGAAUUAGACAACCUCAGUGACGAGUACCUCUCCUGCCUGCGUAAGCUGCAGCACUGCCGAGAAGAGCUGAGCCAGAGCCCACAGCCGCCUCCCAGAGUAAGAAGAGGCAAUGUGGCCAAUGGCUCUCAAUGCUGAUGAUAAUGAUUGCUAUAGCGCUGGCAGUGUUCCUGGCCAACAAGAACAGCCUGAUGAUCUGAAUCACCUAGGACAGCUACUUGGGUGAAAAUCUGAAGCAAGACAUUAAAAAAACUCAGAAUGUUUAUAUACUUUAAAGUGUGAGUUUUCCCACAGAGAUUUCUGACUUAUUUUUUUAACCUACUGAAAAAUAAACUUCACCUUACAGUUUC